AUGUCCGCCGACGAGAACCAGACUCAGCCCGAGUCGCAAUUCCAAAAGCCUGGUGAUCUGGUGGAGCGCAAUGAUGACACUGGUGUUAUGAGCUUGGAGAGUCUUUGCACCAACUGCCACGAGAAUGGUACCACCAGACUCCUGCUCCUUCGUGUGCCCUUCUUCCGUGACAUUAUCCUCGAAUCGUUCGAAUGCGAGCACUGCCACUUCAAGAACAACUCCGUCAAGUCUGCCGGUCAGAUCCAGGAGAAGGGCGCCAAGUACACCCUCGAAGUUGAGAACGAGACCGACAUGCAGCGCCAGGUCAUUCGCAGUGAUACCUCGAUCUUCAAGCUCGAGACUUUGGGUAUCGAGAUGCCCAAGACCGACGGCCAGAUGACCACCGUCGAGGGUGUUAUCCAGAAUAUUUACGAGUCUCUCUCCAGCGAGCAGCCUCUUCGCAAGGAACAGGCCCCUGAACUCCACGAUGCCCUCGUGCCCAUCAUUGAUAGGCUCAAGAGCAUGCUCGACCGCGAGGGAUACCCCUUCACUGUCUCCCUCGACGACCCUACCGGUAACUCUUGGAUUGCUCCUACCACCGCCGAUGACGUUAGGAAGUACAAGCGCCGCGACUAUCCUCGUACCCACGAGCAGAAUGAACAGCUUGGUAUCGCUGCCGACCCCAACGCUGUGCAGCAUGAAGGUGCCGCCGAAGCCGAGGAGGACGAUAUUAUCGCAGGAAAGGUUUAUAGCCUGCCUUCCGAAUGCCCCGGCUGCAGCAAGGAGUGCUUUACCAACUUCAAGAAACUGGACAUCCCCUACUUCAAGGAGGUGUACGUCUGGGGCACCUCCUGUGAACACUGCGGAUACCGCACCAGUGAAGUCAAGACUGGUGGCGAGGUCCCCGAGAAGGGCAAGCGUAUCACCCUCAGUGUCGAGAACGAGACCGAUCUUGCCCGUGAUAUCCUUAAGUCCGACACCUGUGCGCUCUACAGUGAGCAGCUCGAGGUUACCGUCCAGCCCGGUACCUUGGGUGGUCGUUUCACCACCGUCGAGGGUCUUCUCACCGAGAUCCGCGACCAGCUGCGCGGCCAGAUCUACGACAUCGACGACACCACCGGCUCCGGCGGAGACAGCAUGGCCUCCUCCGACAAGGAGAAGUGGGAGCGCUUCUUCAAGCGUCUCGACGCUGCUAUUAGCGGCGAGUUGAAGUUCGUCAUCACCCUCGAGGACCCCAUGGCCAACAGCUACGUCCAGGACCUGUGUGCUCCUGCCGCUGAUCCCCAGAUCAAGACGGAGGAGUACACCCGCACUGAUGAGGAGGAAGAGGAGCUCGGUCUGAAGGACAUGAAGACAGAGGGAUACGAGCAGGAUGCGGAGAACAAGCCUGCCGAAGAGCAGCAGUGA